ACCUAACUCUUAACAACUCCCAUAACCUUCUCUCAACAAUAUAAAGCAAACCCAUCUUCUAAUUGCAUCUUCAAAGCCUCCUCUGUAGUACUCUGUUUCACUUCUCCCAUUCUCUCACCAAAUCAUGGCUUCCUCCACUGCUUUGCCUUUGGGCUCACUCAUAGCAAUCACCAUGCUUCUGCCAACCCUCGCAACCGUCCACACCGUCGGAGAUUCUUCAGGUUGGGCAAUCGGUGCUGAUUAUAGUUCAUGGACCGGUGACAAGACCUUCGCAGUGGGUGAUACUCUUGUGUUCAACUAUGGAGCUGGGCACACAGUGGAUGAAGUUAAAGAGAGUGACUACAAAUCAUGCAGCGCAGGGAAUUCAAUUAGUACAGACAGUAGUGGCGCAACCACCAUUGCUCUGAAAACUGCAGGCACUCAUUACUUCAUAUGUUCUGUUCCUGGACAUUGUUCUGGUGGCAUGAAACUUGCCGUCACUGUCAAAGCAGGAAAAGACACUACUCCUUCAACCGGAAAGGCUUCACCUUCUGAUGGAACAGCCACCACACCAACCUCCACCACCACCACUACAACCACCGCUGCUAGAUCAAACUCGGCUUCAACAAGUGGUGUGUCUUCAAUUGUUGCCAUGUUGAUUGUUUCAUGGAUCUCUUUCUUUGGCUUGCGCAUGGCGUGAGAUAUUUGAUCGCUGAGCCAGGACAGAGGCAGUGCUUUUAGAGUUUCUUUCACCCUGUUUUGUUACUAUAAUUAUUAUUAUAAUUAUUAUCACUCUGUUCUCUGGUUUGACUUAUUCAGGUUUAUCUAUUAGUACUAAUUCAGGUCUUUUGUAGUCUUACUUAUCUAGGAAAUUUCUCAUGUUUGGUCUUUUGUUGUUAUUAUUUUUGUUAAAUACUAUAUGGUGCUGCUUAGUAAGAUAUUUUAUUUUA